CAGGGAAGGUGUUUCGCUGUUCAAGCGCCACGACGAACAUGCGGCCUGCCUGUCUGCAAGAAGCGGUGCCACUGGCCGUACUCCUUUGCUCCUCGGACCGGUCUAGCGCUUUCAUCGCGCAAGCUCCGGCUGCUGUUAGCAGCGGCGGUUGCUCGUCUACUUCAAUCUGCUCUGGUGCACUCGUGCAACCGCAGCAGCAAGCGACGGUUCUGCACCACCUCGACUGGAGACAUCGCCCCGGGAGAAAUGCGCGGCACGUAGUGUUUUUGGAACGCGCGGACCGCGACAAGGCCUUCGAGUUGCUGGAGACCUACAUCGAGCGGGAGAGCGACGCCGGCGAGAGGGAGGACUACGACCGCAUCCGAGGGCUCGUGCCGCAUAUGAGGAAACGUUUGUGGAAGGCGUCCUCCAGAGAGCAGGAGGACGCAACGGAACAGUUGGGCAUGGACGAUUUCCAGUUCGCGACGAAGGAGUACAUCCCCAACCUGAAAUCGCGUCCAUGGUGGGAGCCUGAGGUCUUUCCGUGGGCUCAGCAGCUUGAGGAAGCAAGCCCAAUCAUCCAGGAGGAGUACCGGGCGCUCCGAGCUCAAGAAGCCUCGGAUUCUCAGUUUAAGAACAGCAAAGAGGGAGGCUACACCAGCCAGGGAUGGACGCACAUCCCUCUGGUCAACGCCAGGGAACCGGCAGAGAUGUACGAGGCCCAGCGCGCUCACUUCCCCAAAACUCUCAAGGUAUUGGAAGAUCUUGGUAUCCUCAGAGAUGCGCGAGCGGUGCUGAUUGGGCGACAGCAACCGAUGUCAGGCAUUAAGACGCACAGCGACGGAUCGAACGUGAUCAUCACCUGUCAUCUGGGCUUAGACGUUCCAGGCGACGAGGAAUGCCUCAUGUGGGUGGGGGUCAACAUGGAGAGCCGGGCGUGGCGCAACAACAAGCUUCUCUGCAUGGACACGAGCUACCUCCACUGGACUCGAAAUAACACCGAGAAGGAAAGAAUAAUCCUCCUGGUGAUGGUGUGGCACCCCGACAUCACACCAAAGGAGCAGAGAGUGCUCGAGUACUUGGACAGCCUCAUUAGAAGCGCUGCCGCGGGGAAACCGUUGCCGCUUCAGCCGCCGACCCCAGUGGAAGGCGACGUGUGA